AUGAGUAGCAAAGACAACAGCAAGGCUUUCCUCAAGUCCUUUAUCAGAGCAGAACCUGUGCAGGUCUCGCUCCCCUACGAAGAUGAUCUUUACCCGCUUCUUCUCAACGAGUACGGCAUCAUCCACCUCCUCUACCACCGCAACCUGAACCAGCACCGAGUCAGCCGCUGGUGGUCCCAUCUGGACAUCUUGCACAGACACACCCGCAAGAUCUUGCUCUUGCUCGAGGACGUCGACGAGAUCAGGACCCUUCGCCGGUUGACGGCCAUACAAUGGAACUCAGCGAAAAAGACUUUUGUGAAGGUCAACGAGUUCCCGCAAAUGGUGCAGAAACGAGUCCUGAAAAAAGCGUCGUUGUCUUCCGGCAGCAGGAAAGGGAAGAAGAAACGAGUUGAAAAGUUCAUCAUGUUGCAUAGGAAGAUGUCUGACGCCUCCGCGGUCAGUCUGAUCGACAAGAAACUCUCGCUAAUCUUGAAGGAAACUAAAUACCUUUACAAACACAUCAUACCAGCGUCGUAUUGGAACUUCAUGGGCGUUAUUGAGCUAGCGCAGUUCGCCAAUAUUGGAUUCGCUCUCAUCGGGUUUAUUUCACGAACGUGGAGUUUAUUAAGCAAAGUCGAGGGCUUUAAUGCCAACGCCAAGUUCCAGCAGGCACUGGAAGAGGGGAAGAAGAAGGCCAGGGAGUUGGCCAGGGAGCUGGAAGAAGAUUCGAAAGUAGCACAGGUGGCUGAAAUUGACUUCGGCGAGGUGAUUGAUGUUUCGAGUCUGGAGGAGUCUGUGUCUAACAACGCUGCCCUUUCCCCGAGCCCUGCCAGCGUCAUCCAUCGUGCAGCCGAGGAGAAACAGUCUUCGGAGCAGGGAAAACCUGCAAAAGAACCAUCCAAACGGAAGUCCAGCAACAUAAUGGACGAUCUCUUUGGGCCAUCGGACGGCACCAAAGCCAAGAAGCAGAAGAAGACAAAGAAAGAGAAGAAAAAGAAGGCUAAAAGCGCAAUCGACGAUAUUUUCGGAAUCUAG